CUGCGGUCCAGAGUUUUAGCUGUGUGUCUUCGUAAGUUGUCCACUUUUAGUUUCUUCAUUUGUUUGUAUGCUCAGGAAAUCAAGGCAGCCUAUUUUAAACUCUCGAAGCAGUAUCAUCCGGAUCGAAAUCGUGACAAUAAGGAUGAAGCAGCUGCAAAGUUUCACCAGGUCGCUCUUGCUUAUGAAGUUCUGGGUUCGGAUGAGAAACGAAAGAUCUACGACAUGACGAGGAUACGAACUUCGUUUACACAUCCAUCUUCAACUUCCGGUCCAACGAAAGCUUAUACCGAUCUUGAUAUUGAUUACAAGAGUUUUGAGCACUUUCAACGUUUAACUAGGCGAAGGAAACAAUAUCAUUCCCAUUUCGAUAUGCCUGAAGAGUUUUAUGCCGAGUUUGGCGGUAAAAGACCCGUGUAUAAAAGCGAAUACGACCCACCCAAGGGGUCAAUACACAGGGAUAGCAGAGUAGUGCAACGGGAGGAAGAGGAACUUUUGAGGGAAAUACAGCGGGAGCAGGAGAGACAACAGUCGAAAUAUCCAAUUCCCACGUUUGAGCAGAUGCUUCGAGAAAAGCGUAGGAAACAACAAGAAGAAACCCGAAGGCAAACCGUUGGUGUUUUGAUAUUGGCGACUACUGGUUUCGCAAUAUAUUGGAUAUCGAAGUUCUUUCGAUAG